AACAGGCCUGGGGGAGGAGUCCCAGAGGCAGGUGGGUUUUCGUGAACUGCCCCCGGUAAAAAGGCCAGAAAUGCUGCAAACACAUAAGAGAAGCACCUGGGUAAGGAACAGAUCCCAGGAGUCCUGACUGCCCUGUCCUGAUCCCUUACUCUAACCACUAGACACCACUCCCCUCUCAGAGCCAGGUAUUGAACCCAGGAGUCCUGGCUCUCAGCUCCCCUGCUCCAACCACUAGACCCCACUCCCCUCCCUGAGCUGGGGAUCGAACCCAGGAGUCCUGGCUCCCCAUCUCUGCUCUGACCAGCAGGCCCUGCUCUCCCAAGCUGGGAAAAGAGUCCUGGCUUCAAAGCCGCAGUUCUCAGCCCCGUCUCCCUGGCCGUGGGGCUAGCGCAGCACGUGACGCUCAGCGGGGAGUUCCUCUGCCUGGCGGGGCCGCCACGCUCCAGUCCCCUGCCGGCUGCGAGCGAAGACCAUGAGGCUGGAGCUGGGUUGUCUGGUGCUGUGGGUCCAGCUCCUUCCCUGGAGUCCAGGUUCCUUCACAGAUGCCAACUUCACCGUGGUGCAAUCUCCAGCCGAGGUGGGCGUCAUCCGGGGAGACAAUGCCACCUUGAACUGCACCUUCUCCCGGGGCCUGUCUCUGGACAAGGGUGCUGUCUCCUGGUUCCGAGGCGGGCCGGGAGGAGAGGCCGCUGUGCCCCUGAGAGCCCGUUUCGCGCUGGCCUAUCCUGACACCUUCCUGCGCAGAGGGGAAGGGACCCUGGCCAUCACCAACGUCAGCCUGGAGGAUGCUGGGAAAUAUGUCUGCCGGGUGCUGCUGUGGGGCACCGGGGAGACACGAGGCAACGGGACCCAGCUGCGUGUUUAUGCCCAACCUUCCCACCCAGUUAUUUUCCUCCAGUUCCACCCGAAGCCAGAGUCGAAAUGGACCCUGGUUUGCAGAACCGCUGGUUUCUACCCCGCACCUGCCCGGCUCACCUGGUACCAAGGGAGCGUACGUCUGCCCCCCACCCAGCCACUGCAGGAGUGUGGGGACCCGACCAGACCCCUCCAGGCUUCCACCACCCUGGAAUUACCCUCAUCAGGGCCAAGAACCACCUACACCUGUCAGGUGGGGCACCCGUCCCUGCAGAAUCCCCUCAGCUCUGACUACACCUAUGACCCGCAGCGCCAGGACCCCCCCUCCCUGAUCGCUGGCCUCAACCUCCUGAAAAUAGCCCUGCUGGGGAUGCUCAGCCUGGGCGUGGGGCUGGCUGCCUGUCUGAGGCCGGGCCUAGGGCGACGCCGCCCGCUCCAGGUCCGGUCAGUGCUGGGACUCACCACCAGAGGGUGCCCUUCCAUGGGCUCCCCAUCGCCAGGAGCUGCACCGGCUGCUUGGAUUCCGGGGGGCUCGGGCAAUAGAAGGAACUGAGACUCGGAGAGGGGGAAAGGACUUGGCCUGGGUCAUGCAGAUGGGGAGAGAACCCAGGAGUCCUGGCUCCCCUUCCCUCCCCCGUUCUAACCACUAGACCCCACUCCCCUCCCAGAACUGGGGACAGAACCCAGGAGUCCGGGCUCCCCUCCCCUCCCCUG